AUGUCUGCCAUCUCCGACGUGGUACCGACUGUAGAAGCCUCGAGCCGCGAGGCUCUCAGUAUUUUAGAGGCGGAUAUCACAGACACAGCUAUCGCUGUUGACUCUGCGCUGCUACAACACCUGAUUUCCAAGUUCGAAAGAAUACUCAACGACUUUCAUGACAAGUACUCCGGGGAAGACAUGCAAAAUCUUUUCCUCGGCCUGUCUGAACGCUCCUUGAGCCUAUCUACGCUGCAGACACAGGCGAGCGACGAACGCGAUGUACGCGUGCCUCGUAGACUUCAGAGCCACAUAGAGCGCCUCAUUUCCCUUGAAUCUGAGUCGGAUUAUCUGCGGCUACAAGUCGAGCACAGUUCUGCAUCAUUGUCUAUGUUAUUCAUGCCUCAGGAUGCGGCCCGACAAUUGUUUAUCAGGCCACUGAUCGAUCUUCCUGAAGACUUCACGCAAGGCCUAGCUGAAGCCGGAAAAGUACUGUCCGAUAUCAACCGGAUGACCGUGGAACGUCGACGGCUCCGCAAUGAGAUGGUAACACUCUUGAAUCGGGCGUCUGCAGAAUUGGCUGCAGCGGACGACGGACCGCCGCAACCUGCGAGGAACGGAAUCAUCCAACAACACUUUGCUCAGCUGCGGGGCAUCAGACAGGUCCUGACAACUCAGCGUGAACAGUUGGAGGUUUUGAAGAAGAUGCUUGUGAUUGAAUUCGAUUCCUUGGUCGCUACCCCAAAGUUUCUCCGGGAUCAGGCUGGUACGCCUAUCAGCGUAGUCGAUCUCAGAACUGCCCUCCAGGCAUUCAUCGACCUCUGCCGGGGCGCUCGGGCACACAGCAGGGGCUGCGAUCGCGCAAUCAGCCACAGCGAGGAGCUGCUGGAUCUGUUAAACAGAGGUACCUAUGAAGACUGA